UUUACCAUUUUUACAUUGGCCUCGUUCCAGCUAAUAAGGUAUUAAAGUAGUCUCCACCAAUGCAAGGGCUCACUGCUGAUAGGUACAUUGUGUCUUCUGGACCAAUUCUUAUGCAAGAAAAAUGUCUGAAACAGCUUUGAGAAUCAGUUCCCUUGACUACCUGAAGGAGCUCAAUACCAAGCUUCACCACACAUCGGACUACCUGACCACAGCUCUGACCGUACGGAGGGGGCAGAGCUUUAAGUUACGCCUGCAACUGAGCAGAGAGCUCAACCCCCAGGACCAGGUGGUGCUUCAGCUCAGCGUGGGUGAUCGCCCCCUGCAGGCCAAGGGGACACUCGUGCUGAUCCCAGCUCGGCAUGAGUCAGAAGCAGGGCAUUGGGGUGCCACCAUCAUCCACACGUCCCAGAACCAGUGCGAAGUUGAUGUGAGGACAGCCCCUAAUGCUAUUGUGGGAAAGUACUCCCUAAUGUUGAAGAUUGGUGAUGAUUAUACCUACCAACCGCAGCACAGUUACUUCUACCUGCUGUUCAACCCCUGGUGUAAAGAUGAUGAUGUGUACCUCCCUGAUGAAAACGCCUGUGGCGAGUAUGUGCUCAGUGAUAUGGGCUACCUCUAUGUUGGCCACAACACUGACAUCAAAGAAAGACCAUGGAACUUUGGCCAGUUUGAGGAGGGGGUGUUGGAGGCGUGUGUGGAGCUGCUGGAUAAGAGCAAGCUGGGCCAAACUGCCAGGAGUGACCCUGUGAGACUAUCCAGGGCCAUGUCUGCACUGGUGAACUCUAAUGAUGACCGUGGGGUCCUAAUGGGAAACUGGUCUGGGAAGUAUCUCCAGGGGACAUCCCCACUCAAUUGGACUGGCAGCUCAGCUAUCCUGCUUCAAUACAAGCAGAGCAAGGCCCCUGUCAAAUACGGGCAAUGCUGGGUGUUCUCCGGAGUCCUCACUACAGUGAUGCGCUGUCUGGGGAUCCCAGCCAGGAGUGUGACCAAUUUUAACUCCGCCCAUGACACAGACGGGAACCUGACCAUAGAUAUCUACAUCAACAUGAAAGGAGAGCAGCUGGACAAAAUGACUUCUGACUCCAUCUGGAACUUCCAUGUGUGGAACGAUGUGUGGAUGAAACGCCGAGACCUGCCAGGAGGUUAUGAUGGUUGGCAGGCCCUGGAUGCUACUCCUCAGGAGGAAAGUGGAGGAAUCUACCAGUGUGGCCCAUGUCCUCUCAAGGCUAUAAAGAAUGGAGAGGUUCACCUGCCCUAUGACGCCAGGUUCAUCUUUGCUGAGGUGAACGCAGACCGUGUGCUGUGGAGGGUGGAAGGCCCUGGGCAUACUGCUACCAAGGUGAAGGCGCAGCAGAACGUUGUGGGGCUGAACAUCAGCACCAAGGCAGUGGGGCAGGAUCGCAGAGGGGACAUCACUCUGCUCUACAAGUUCGCUGAAGGCAGCAAAGAGGAAAGGAAGGCGAUGGAUAAAGCCUGUGCCAUUUGCUCUGAAGCCGGUCCCUCUGAGGAACCUCGCAACUUGCUGCUGGAGGUGAAGAGUUCUGGCCCUACCAGCCUGGGCUCUCCAAUCAGCUUCUCCAUCAAUCUCGAGAACCUGCUGCCGCGCCCACUCACUCUCACCCUCACAGCUGCUGCCCAGCUCCAGGCUUACAACGGCUCGACGAUUGCCACAGUGAAGAACAUGCAGCAGGAAGUGACUAUUGAGGCAACGAAAGGCACUUCUAUUCCAUUGAAAAUAGAGGUACAAGAGUACCUGCCUCAACUGUCAGAUGCAAAUGACAACCUGCACCUCCAUGUCACUGUUAUGGCUGAGUGUAAGGACCCCAGCUUUAUCUGCACUGAAAACACCAUCAUCAGCUUUGAGUAUCCUCCAAUUAAAGUGGAGCUUCCUGACACUGCCAAGCUUGGUAAAAAAUUCACUGGAACUUUCACAUUUAAGAACACUACGGGUGUUGCCAUGGACAACUGCAAACUCCUAGUUGAGGGCCUGGGCCUCUUCAAAUUGGCAACCUUCAACCAAGGGAAUAUUGCAGUUGGCAGGAUCUUCCGGUCAGAGAUACUGUGCACCCCAUACCGAACUGGAAGGCGGAAGAUUAUUGCCAAGAUCAUCUCUGACCAAAUCAGUGGGAUCACGGCUGAGGGGUUUGUUAAGGUGGAGUGAAAAAUCACAAGCAGGCUUGGUUUUAAAAGGUCAGAAUGAUAGGUAUGGUCUGGGGUGGAGGAAGGUGGGGAGAAGAGCUUCUAAGUAAUAAGGUAUGGUUGCUCACUAAUGGGAUAUAUAUGUAUUUGAUAGAGGGAAAUAUUUAUGUAGAAUAUAUUAUACAAAUGAGAACCCCAAAAUCUUUUUGGAUCAAUAUGAAAGUAGUAUGCAACACACAACACAGCAAUAUUACAGCAAGAUAAUGCUGCAAACACAAUUAGCUAAACCAAACAAUUGAGGAAACCAAAAAAUAUUUCAAAUGAGUAAGACAUGAUACAAUACACUAGUGUAUGUAUCAUGUUACCUCGUUCCCUGUAUGACUAUAUAAAAUCGACAGAGGGGUUUGACAUGACUUCAUAGUUUGUUGUGCAAGUCAACCAUACAGACAUAAUCAUACUGUUGUUGUGUGUGGGGAUUUGCUGGUGCUUCUAUAUGUGUUUUCUUUCUAAAGAAACUCAGAUUUAGGUUAAGGUGAUGAUGAUAUUAUGAAAUGAUAAGGUGAAAAGGAAAACGGGAAUUUAUAACCUGGGCUGUCUAAUCUGUUUCAUAUGGGAAUAAAAGACUUUUAAAGCA